UCCAGACCUGUUUACAACCAGAGGAAGAUAGAGGGUAUCGUAAACCUGAAGAAGCUUUGUUUUUGUUUUCGGAGAAGUAUUUUAUUUUGUCUAAAUUCAAUGUCGCACUUGUAUUAUUUUACAGGGGGCGUGGGAAGUGUCGCUCAAUUAAAUUGGGUUUAUCGUCUUUAGAUUAUAAGCGGUCAAAUGACUCAAAGCUAACGUUGAUGCUAACCUAAGCUAAAUCGAUAUGACAGUCUUACCCCACACGCUAGCUACAGACGCUUUAUCUCAAGCUUAGCCGUUCGGUACUUAGCAAGUAAACGUAAGAGGCACCGUGAAUUGUGUAUUUUCAACGUAACGGGAUAGAUAAAAUUAAUAAUAGCCCUGAUAAGAUCUCUAACUGCUAACCACAUAUGCUAGCUCAUUAGCUUGGCGUUGUCGUAUAUUACAGGCUCAGUGUGAUUAGUAUGAAACACGGCGGAUGAUAUAAGAAGGGAAAAACUGCCAUACUUCAUUGUAACUGAAGUACAUUUGGAUUGCCUUAUUUAAAUGGCUUUUUAAAUUAAAAAGGUGCAGCCAGAGUUUUGUCCUAUGGCUCAUUUUGGCUUCACUCGUGCUAGUGGUCAGGAUGUUUUCAGCAUUGAAUCAACAUCUCAGAGCAGCUCUAAAACAGACAGUGCACUAUGUGGGGAGGAGGCGAGGCAGUUUUAUGAAAAUUUAGUGAAAGAUCGAGAUUUAUCGAGGAGUAAAAGAAACAAAAAAGUGAACGGCAGAGAGCGGCAGAGGAGGAGAGUCAGAGCUGCAGAGGCUCGGCAUCAUCAGACUGAUUCUGUGGUCCAAAGAGGGGAUAAUAAUGAAAGUGAUGGAAACCAAAGUAGAGAGACAAACAUCUCAGAAAGGUCCAUGGAGCUCAUGGGGCUCCGGUUGCUGCGCUGUGCCCAUGAGGGGGACAUCACGGGUCUUAAAGAUCUGCUCUCAAGGGGAGUCGACAUCAACUUCCAGGAUACUUACUUUUGGACAGCAGUGAUGUGUGCAAGCUGGUCUGGACAAAGAGCUGCUGUGAAGCUGCUGCUACAGCAUGGAGCUGCUUGGGUCGGAGUAGUCGACACACAGGGCAGGGAUGCCAAAGACCUGGCAAUGGAAGCUGGUCACAGUGAGGUGUUGGAGGAGUUGGAGAGCUAUGGUCAAAGCACUCCAAGUAAAGCACAGACUGACAAAAGAAACCUGCAGCCUCAAUGGUGCAGUGUGUGUCGUAGCGAGUACAGCAGCAGCCUGUCAUCGCAUCUCUCCUCCACUCUCCAUCAGUUCAGUCUGCAGCGUCCUUCACCCACCCCCUACUACUGCCUCCCCCCUUCCAGCAACAGCUACAAGAUGAUGGUCCGGAGUGGCUGGAAACCAGGGACAGGGCUGGGGCCUGAGGGAGAUGGGCCCAAACAGCCUGUGCCAACAGUGCUAAAAAGAGACCAGACAGGACUUGGAUUUGGAGAGACGAAAAGAGCCAAAGUUACUCAUUUUCAAGCCAGGGAUCAUGAUGCAGUGAAACCUCCAUCCAAGACCAAGCAGGAGAGAGGAGGGAAAGGACAGAGGAAGGAGGAUAGUAGGAGAAAGGAGCAAAGAGACAAGAAUUGGGAGCGGGAUUUUCGUGCCUCUUUUUAUCUUUGACACCAACUUACAGGAGUUUCUUCACCCAUUUGUACAAAACUCAUCUCAGAUUUCUCUUAAAUAAGAAACACUUUAGUAUGAGGAAAUUUUUUUACCUCUUUGUUUUUUAUAACUGUUGAGGUUUUUGUGAAGCAGCCAGGAGGCGUUUCUCAAGCAUAUUAAUAAAAAACAAUCUCUCUACCUCAA